AUGACCAUAAAUGAAAAAUCCAUCGAAGAAUGCUUCACUAAUCACGACCAAACACUCGCGAAUCGACCCAGGAGCUACGGCUACAAAAACUUCGGGUUAGCUCCUUACGGCGAUAUCUGGCGAACUCUCCGUCGUCUCUCUACCCUCGAGGUAUUCUCCUCCUCCAGCGUCCAGAAGAGCUCUUUCAUCCGAAACGAAGAAGUCUCAAAUCUCUGUUCCAUUCUCUUCAGAUUGUCCUGUGACUCUCGGAAAGUGGAUCUCAAGUAUCAGUUCACUCUUCUCACUGCUCACGUCAUGCUCAGGUUAGUAUCAGGGAAUUGUGGCGUCGAAGAAAGAGAUCCGGAAUCAGAGAAGAUGUUCUUGGAAGAUUUCAAAUCGAGGUUUUUCGCCAGCAUCUCCAUGAACGUCUGUAAUUAUUUCCCAGUGUUGAGGUGGAUUGGGUAUAAAGGUAUUGAGAAGAGAGUGAUAGAGAUGCAGAGGAGGAGGGAUGAGUAUCUUCAGCGACAUGUCGAUAAAGUUCGAACGAAGAAAUUUGAUUCCUCUGGUUCAGUAGUGGAGAAAUUCUUGCGACUUCAAGAAACAGAACCAGAGUUCUACUCGGAUGCUGUCAUCAAAGGAAUUGUAGUGCUAAUGUUCAAUGCCGGAACUGAUACUUCACCUGUGGCAAUGGAAUGGGCAAUGUCGGUUUUACUGAAUCAUCCCGAUAAGCUUGAGAAGGUCAGAGAAGAAAUCAAAUGUAAUGUUAAGCACAAAGGAAUUAUACAAGACUCGGAUCUCUCGAGCUUACCUUACCUUCGGUGUGUCAUCUUUGAGACGCUUAGGCUAUACCCUGCAGCUCCACUCUUGCUUCCUCACUGCUCUUCAAAGAAAUUCAACUUAGGCAGCUACGAGAUUCCGGAAAACACAAUGUUAUUGGUGAAUGCUUGGGCUGUUCAUAGGGACAGUGAGUUUUGGGAAGACGCGGAUGUUUUCAAGCCGGAGAGAUUUGAAGGGUUUGUUGGCGAUAGAGAUGGUUUCAGGUUUUUGCCCUUUGGAGUUGGGAGGAGGGCGUGUCCUGCCGCUGGACUUGGAAUGCGUAUAGUGACGCUUGCUGUUGGAGCGUUAGUUCAGUGUUUUGAGUGGAAGAAGGUAGAAGAAGAGGAUAUAGACAUGAGGCCUGUGUUUGGUGGUGUGUCAAUGGCUAAGGCUGUCCCGCUUGUUGCAUUGCCUAACCCAUGGCCUGAAAUGGUUCCUAUCUUGUCUCAGCUCUAG